AUGAGAUUUGUCAAUUUUUCCAUCUUUCAGCUUCACUCUGACCUGGAUAAAGGUGAUAGUAAGGUGAAGUACACACUCUCAGGUGAAGGAGUGGGCUCUAUUUUCACCAUCGAGCCAAGUACCGGAGACAUCCAUGCCUUAAGGAGCCUGGACCGAGAAGAGAAGCCUUAUUACACACUGAGAGCGCAGGCCGUGGACAUGCUGACGGGCAGACCCUUAGAGCCUGAGUCGGAGUUUAUUAUCAAAGUCCAGGACAUCAAUGACAAUGAGCCAAGGUUCCUGGAGGGCCCAUAUUCGGCCAGCGUCCCAGAGAUGUCACCCGUCGGCACAUAUGUGAGACAAAUAACCGCCACUGACGCUGAUGACCCUACUUAUGGAAACAGCGCACGGAUUGUGUACAGCAUCCUUCAUGGGCAGCCCUACUUCUCUGUUGACCCCAAGACAGGGGUCAUAAGAGUUGCCUUACCCAACAUGGACAGGGAAGUUAAAGAAACAUACCAGGUGGUCAUCCAGGCCAAAGACAUGGGCGGUCAACUUGGGGGUUUAGCAGGAACCACCACCGUCAAUAUCAGUCUCCGAGACGUCAAUGACAACCCGCCACGCUUUUCUAAAAGUAUGUUUAAACUUGCGUGUUCUGAAUCAUCACCGGUGGGCUCGUCGGUUGGAAGGGUCAAAGCUCAUGAUCUGGACACUGGAAAAAAUGCUGACGUGGAAUAUAGCAUUUUGCCUGGUGAUGGAGGAUCCUUUGAUAUUUACAGCAAUAAGGACACUCAAGAGGGCACCGUCAUACUGAAAAGGUAA